AUGUCGGCAUUCGGCGUCCCUUCGCCUGAUGAGAGCCAGAAAGAGGAGUACCAGUGGAUCGUUGAACACCAUGAAUUCGCACGUACUGAGGGGCAGAGGAACUUUUCGUGCCUGACAGUCGACGUUUCCCGUCGGUCACAAAACCAGUCCCCACGACCGCCUCUGGUCCGGGUCUUCUGCGUGGACGAAAGGGAAGAUUUGUCGGGGUCAGACGAUGACGAGCACGAGCACGAGCACGAGCACGAAGAAUAUAUGUUCUACAGACCUGAGGCCCGGGAGUUCGCGGAUGAAUACCUGUCGGGAGAGGCCAGGCAGGAGAACCCCGCAUUCAUUCUGGCCGGAGCUCAUCUGAUGCCCAUCGCUGCGUGGAAGAUAAACGCACAGAACGAGAGGAUGGUCUGCCCCUUUGAUGAAGAGACUCAGAAUGAUUACUUUUGCAUCUGGCAUGACCGUCUGGUUGUAGAACAGAUGCUGAAGAAGCUGCGUUGA